CCUGGUGAGUGGCAGCCCCGGGGCCGCGCGGCCCCCUCCUCAGCUCAGUCGGGGCAGGCUACGGAGGCCGACAGGCGGCGGCGAUGAUGAUGGAGUCGGUGCGCGCCCAGCGGCUGCAGCCCGGGGUGGGGACGCUGCGCUCCCUGCGCCCCGGGGUGACCGGGGCCCCCGCCGUGGCAGCCUCGGCCCCCCCGCCCCCCGCUCCUCCCCCGCUGCCGGCGGCGCCCCCGGGGCUGGUGCUGCCGCCGCCGCCUCCGGGGCUGCCGGGCCCGGGGGCCUCGCCGGGCGGAGCGGGGCCCCCGGCCGUGCUGCGCGAGGCGGUGGAGGCGGUGGUGCGCAGCUUCGCCAAGCACACGCAGGGCUACGGCCGAGUGAACGUUGUGGAAGCUCUUCAGGAGUUCUGGCAGAUGAAGCAGUCACGCGGUGCUGAUCUGAAAAACGGAGCCUUGGUGGUGUAUGAGAUGGUCCCUUCCAACAGCCCCCCUUAUGUCUGCUAUGUCACCUUGCCUGGGGGGAGCUGUUUUGGUAGCUUCCAGUUCUGUCCGACCAAGGCUGAAGCCAGGAGGAGCGCUGCGAAGAUUGCACUAAUGAAUUCUGUCUUUAACGAGCACCCCUCCCGGAGGAUCACAGAUGAGUUCAUUGAGAAGAGUGUCUCGGAAGCCUUGGCAUCUUUCAACGGUAAUCGAGAAGAAGCCGAUAACCCGAACACUGGAAUUGGUGCUUUCCGUUUCAUGCUGGAAUCCAACAAGGGAAAAUCAAUGUUAGAGUUUCAGGAGCUGAUGACCGUCUUCCAGCUGUUGCAUUGGAAUGGCAGCCUCAAAGCCAUGCGAGAGAGGCAGUGCUCACGGCAGGAGGUGCUGGCUCACUAUUCGCACCGUGCUCUGGACGACGACAUAAGGAACCAGAUGGCCAUGGACUGGGUGAACAGGGAGCAGAGCACCCCAGGAGCCCUUUCCAGAGAGCUGUCCUCGACGGAGAGGGAGCUGGAUGAAGCCCGACUGGCUGGGAAAGAGCUGCGUUUCCACAAGGAGAAGAAAGACAUCCUGAUGCUGGCGGCUGGCCAGCUGGGGAACAUGCACACCUCCAACUGCUAGACGCUGCACGCAAACUGUUCAGCUUCCCCAUGCCUACUAACAAUUCCACAUUGAAGGGAUCUGUACCGUAUCACUUAGGGCAUAUAGCUGCCUCUUUUUCCAGAGUCGUGGCCCAUUUGCACAUUUUUUUAAGAUGUUUUUAAAAGUUUCUGUACAGAUUUUUACACUUAGUCCUAGCCUUUAGGUUACGUUUCAGCUUUCUAUCUGCUAAAGAAUUCCUUCUCUUUAACAGCCUUUCAGUGUUAACACUACUCUAAAGACCUCCGUUCAACCCAGGUACUGUACAGAUGACCGUAUUCAAUGGAAAUGUAGCAUUUCCCCAGGGAGAUCUGGAUUUGAAGAGAUCCAGAUGGCAUGUGACGCAAAACUGCCUUUCCUUCUGCUUUUGCAGUCUGAGGGUUUUGGUCAAACCCCUCUUUUUGAAAAGCACAGCACUUAGCAAUAUGUUCUGCUCCUUUGUACUAGAAUUCAUGCUCCAAUGGAGAGCACCUCAAAGCACAUGCAUGGAAUUUUGGAUCUGGGAUUUUGAUUUUGCUCCAUUAUAGAAAUAUGGGGUCAGUCUGUAAAAUUGCCAUCUGCAUCUGAGAUCCGAUUUAAAACUCCACCAAGUGUUACAGGAUGGGAUGUUUGGAUCUGUUUUGAGCUUCGAUCUUUUCUCUCUUGUACAGAAAGAGAAUCAGCUGCUGACACAUGUUCAAACUGCUUCCUUAAUACCAAAUUACAAGACUCUGGUGGUGGUUAAGGGAUUGGCUUUGGUAUUAAGGAAUUGGGCUCAGCUUUUUAAUUACAUCUGUACUAGAGAGAGCUCUGCAGUCCCCUUCUUGAAUCCCCUUUGGACUUUUAGGGGAUUUGACCCUAGUCCUGCAGGAGUGGAUGAGCUUGGAAUGGGCUGACUAGUAGGUGGUGCUAUGAAGUGGACAGUACAGUUUCCUAGAAGUCAAGCAUCUUCAUAAGUUACUUAGUCUCACCUCGCCUAGGCUGGGGACGCCAGAGUUCUGAGGCUAUCCUACCGCUGUCUGGUGUCAUGCUAUUGUCUCCAUGCUAGCUACCUGGCUUUGGGUUGCUUUUGAACACAAUGUCGGACUAAACCUUUUUCAGGAAGACCUAAUAAACACUUGCCAGAUAUUUAGAACUGGCUAAUGGAAACAUGGGGGGAACUGAUCCAGGUGUAUCACCAAAGGCCCUGUGUUUACUACCUUGUUGACCAGAACUGUAUUAACCUCUUGAAGCAGAACCUGGAUCCAGCUGGUCCCCAGCCGUGGAAGGUCAGAUCUGGAUCCAAACCCUAUGGUUCAACCUCCGCUACGCUUGGUUUCUUUUGGCCGGCGUAAAGAGGUCUGAACCAAGUUAUAAACAGGGCUGCACCUAGUCUAUAGCAUACUAACUUGUUUAUAAUAUGGGUCAGAUCCGUCUUGAGGAUGCCAAGAACAGUCUCCCUACAUGGUUUUACUCCCUAAAAGGUUUAGAUUACCCAUGCAAAAUAGAUAAUGGUAGGCUGCAAAGGGCUGCAUUUACUCUCCACUUUGGAACUUGCUCUGUUUGUUAUAGUGUCGAUUCCUGAAAUGUAAAUCUAGAUCUGCACUAUUUUUUUAAACUGAUAGAGCCCCGCGCUUAGUAUAAAUACUAGCCCCGUAGUACACGUAGCUUAAAAGCAUCCUUUCAAAUACCCAGCUGUGUCUGUCGUUCAGAUUUAGAGCAGAAAGAGGGGGGAAUUGCUGGCUGCAGAAUAGCAGCACAAAAGGGAAACCCAAUCAAGAGACGAAAAACUGCAUUCCCAGCUCCUCUCUAGGGUCUGCUUAUCCCCGGGAUUGACGCCGAGCUUUCCUAACAGGCUAGGCACUCCGUUGCGAACUGUUUCUUAGUUACCUGACUGCCCGAAGAGAGUUGAAAGAAAUCUCCGGGGGUUUAUCCAUUCUGCCCACGUAGAAACCUCAUGUUCAGAAAUAGUUCGUGGAUAUCUAUGUCAUGGACAGAAAAACUGCAGCUUUGUGGAGAUGGGGGCAGUUGCGAGCACUGUUUUAAUCAGGCCAUAUUUACUGAAGAUGUAAUCAAAGCACAACCAUAGAACUGUUUGAUUGUUGGCUUCUAUACAGUUAGGGGGGCAGGGGAAGGAAGGGGUUAACAACACCUUGGGCACCCCUUACUACUUAUUGGCCCUCAAAUGAUUCCAAUCUGCUAAAUUCUCCUGUGCACAUAGAUGCCACUACAAUGCAAGCCAGGGAUUAAUUGCUCUGGUUAUAAACUGAAAACAUUUCACUGCUCGCACCAGGGGAAAAAUGGGAAGUCAUUCCAGCCCAGACCAUCCAAGUCCCUGGAUUUCUGAUCUUUGUGCAUCUCCGGGACAAAUCUAAUGGGCAUUAGGGAGCCCAUAUUUCAUAUUUUGCUGUGGGGCCUUAGCCCAAACUUGCACUUUGAUCAAAGAUCCAGAUCCGUUUGGUUCUGCUGAGUUAAAACAGAAUAUUAAUGCUCAAAAAGCAAAAUCGUAGCUUCUAAUAUUCCCAACAGGAAGUCAUACUCGAGUGUUUACGGCAAUAACUAAUCUCUCAGAUCAUAACUACCAAACCUUUUUACCUUUUAUCUAGUGACUUGUCGAUUUUGUAAGCCUGCUGUGCAAGGCAUUUAUUUGAAAGGAUGUGGGACUCUUUAAUCUCGUAUCCUGCUUUGUGGGGGCUUGCUAAUGUCUGAUUAGUUUUGUAAAGGAAAAGUUACAGUAUUGGGCUCCCUCCAUUAAUAGCAAAUCUGAAUCUAUUUUUGUGGUGACAUAAAUGGCACGGGGAUUGAUGGAGUAGGAAGCCAUGGUACAGAAAGUAUCUGUCAGCUACGCCUACACUGUAAUGGGACCAGUUUUAAGUUUGCUCGUAGAUCAGUCAUCCAAGGCCGUUGUCAUAGACUCUUCCUUUACAAAGUAGGGGGAAAACUAAUGUUUUGUAAAACAGCCACGUGGUACGUUUUCUGUACUGUUUGAUUUCCAACAUGUAGUGUGCAAUGCAAUAGAUUUGCCUGUAAUUCAAACGAGAUGUCAGUCACGAUCUCUUGGCUUUUCCUCUAAUCAGCAUUGAAGAGGUAGGAGGCCUCAGGUGGUGGGGAAGAAGGGGGUAACAGUUGAGCACUUUGUACAGUAUUUUGUAUUCUCCAUUCACUAGUGUAGUUCAGGUUAAAUAGCCAGCUAGACAGGGCAGUCUAACAAAGCAAUGAUUUGCUGGUGCACAAAAUAAUCUUCCUCAUAACACUUUAAAGCCUUUUCAGCAUAUAAUCCAGAAGAGCUGAUGGGAUCUCUUGUGGGAUCUUAAGUCAAAGGCUGUCUUUUACUUUAAAAAAAAAAAAAAAAAAAUUCUACCACUUUGGGAUCCUUGUGGAUCUCUUCUCACGUUGGCUCUUGGUGUCUCACUAAUUGAGACUAGUCUCUGAGGUCCCACUCCGAGAGCAGGAGCCUGCCACAGGUUUUGGUAUCUCCACAGAGAUCCCCUCUCAACCCCACUCCAUCUUUCUCAAGAAGCCUCUUGCAGAGGAUGUUUCAACUAGUAGCAUGUGGAUAUUGAAGCAAUGUUAUCACAAGAGGGAGACCAAGAAGCAACUGCAUUAUUCUUCGGCCUUCUAGUGUUGUAUUCCAGUCCUAACAAGCCUAUGUCUGAUGGUUUUUAUAUGUGUAUAUAUAUUUUUAUAUGCAGCCUUUUUACCUGAUAGUAUUAAUGUUUAAUGCAUUUAUAAACUUAAUUUGUAAAUGGUAUUUUUAGUUCUUGGGUUUUAUUUUUUGGUUUUCAGGUUGGUUUCUUGGUUUCUGGACUGUUACUAAGACACUUAAUCAUUUCCUUUCUCUAGAUACAGCACAGAGUCUUAACUUUCUGCGAACAUUUCCACUUGUGGGUAGCGUUCAAAUAAAUCAUGUGACACUGACUUGUCUAAGGAUCCAAUCCUGCAGAUGCUUAAGACCUUGAGUACCUUCACAUGAGAGAGGUGGCGUUCACAGCAUUGGAACCCGAAGUGUGUAUCUCCAGAAAUGUUACUUCCAGUUUCUUCUUUAUUUUAAGGCCAUCUAUACGUAAAAUGCUACAGCGGCAGCACUUCAGUAGACACUUAUUACAAUGAUGGGAGGGGUACUCCCAUUCUGUAGAUUAUCCACCUCCCUGAGCGGCAGUAGCUAGGUUAACGGAAGUAUUUUUCUGUCAACCUCCCUCCUGUGUCUACACCAGGGGUUAGGCUGGCUUAACUACAUCACUCGGGUGUGGGUUUUUCACACCCCUUACAUGUAGUGAUGCUGAUCUAACUUUCCAGUGCGGAGCAGCCCACAAUCAAAUUACUUUUUGAAUUAUGGACCGGAUUGUACCACUUUGGCAGAGCAAGGUGGCCGAAUCUAGCCCUAACUGAGAAUUAACCUGUCAUGGGGAAGUUCUCACUUAACCAGCUCUUGUGCUGACUGGCCACCACACUCCUUGUCCUGGUGCUGGGGUCAGGAUGGAGUGCAGUUGUGUAUAAUCCAUAAAGACCUGGGCCAAUAGACAUAAAUUAGAGCAGCUAUGGGGCUGCUCUAAUGUGUCAGUGGGCCAGAGCUGGCACAAUUCCUCCAUGAUUCUCCUGGAGGCAUAAGAUGCUCCCUGAGUUGGACACCUUCCUCCCACAUUGCUUGGUGCAGGGCAGAAUAUGGGCCUAGACCUCAGUUCAUCCAUGUUGGACUUUAUUUUAUUUUUAAAUUGGCUAAUCUGAAUUAGUAUUAACCCUACUGCUGACACAGGGUGGUGCUGCAGAAAUCAAACUGCAUUAGAAAUGUCCUCACUUAUCCAAACAUAGGCUGCGUUCCCUCUGACAGCUGAAUAAUCAAACUUGUCCCCUUCUGAAGUCUGGCACUUCAGCUCCCAGCAAGCACGGGAAGCUUCUUAGGGCCUGUCGGCUCCUCAUUUCGGUGUUAAUUACAGAAUUUUUCAAGGUGUAUUUAUUUGCUUAUGUGAGACCCUAAUGGUUCUCCACUAAAACAGAAAUGCUAACUCUAUUCAAUCAUCAGCACAGUGUUAUACUCUGAAUCGUAAGGGAUACGUUUCAGAUGCUUUUUGGUGCCAAAAACGGCAGCAAACAUAAGCUUUGAAACAAAGGAUUGAAACAAAACAACCUAUUUGUCAGAGGGUAGAGAUGGACGGCAGGAGAGAGAUCACUUGAUCAUUGCCUGUUAGGUUCACUCCCUCUGGGGCACCUGGCAUUGGCCACUGUCAGCAGAUAAGGUACUGGGCUGGAUGGACCUUUGGUCUGACCCCGUAUGGCCGUUCUUAUGUUCUUAACAUAACCUUUUAAGGAUUACAUGUUUUCUGUGAUCAAAGGCUGUUUCUCUUUAAUGGGACUUCUUUGCAGUAGGAGAGGCAUAUCAAGACUUCACACGCAGCAGUUUGUUUUAAAAGGAUGAUAUGUUAGCGUAUAUCAGCCUUCUCCAAUUCCAUUAAUCCAUUCACACAGUGAAUCUUCUUCCAGGCGAGUCUGGGCAGGCUCUCAGACUUUCAUGACCGUGAUGGAGGUAGUUUUUUAUAUUUAUAUAAUAAAAUCUGUCUUUAUGAGUACAGCCACACCAGAGGAUUUGCCUGUUUCUGCUAAUCUAGAGCCCUGGCAUCUCAUUGUAGACACUCCACGACCUGAUGCAGAGCUAUGGGACGUUGCCUCAUGCCUUUUUCUACUGGGAAGAGGAUUUCCUGGGCAGGACCCAGUUUAGCUUUAUUAUAAAUAGCAUCAAGUGUCUGUGUGUCUUUCCCGCGCCCCUGCCCCCCCCCCCCCUUCUAAUCACAAGUUGUCUUGAAACCUCUAUCCCCCAUGAGCUUCAAGGGGGAAGUUUGGCUGUCGAUCUAAUCCGUAGUACCAGCAUUAUUAAUAUCCUGGCUUCCUAAGCAUCCAAUGUCUCUUCUUUCCUGCCUUCAUGCUGUAUAUUCCGAAUCAAACACUACAGUAAGAUAAAUCACCUUUCACAUGCCGUCUCUGCCUUUGUUCCAUUAUAUCAUAUAAUGUUCAGUAUUUCACAUGGAUUUUGUAUGUAUAAUUUUAUACAAUAAAAUAGAUUUUUUGAGGA